UAGGUAGAGAAGGCACGAGAGAGAGAGAGAGAGAGAGAGAGAGAGGGAGAGAGAGUUGUGCGAGUUGGUGAGCUCGUGCAUAAUCGCGUCUCCACUUGGCUUCUGUGACGCGGGCCUCGGUCUGUUAUGAUGGAGAUAUAGAGAAGAAUAGUUUCCCCUACAGACAUAAACAAGGUCCGAGCUGCAGUCUCUUUCGUCUUCGCACUAAUGGACUGACUCGGUUCUCUUCGAGGGGCCACACCGCGAGGAGCCCGAAGACCAGCGGGGACCCUCCGUCCGUCCCGGGGGGUCGCAGCCAGAGGAGCCGAGGCGGGACCCGGAGAGCCGGGGGACGGAUGGAGAGGCGCGGGGUGGACGCACCGGCACUAAGGAAGAAGCGUUGCAUGAUGAAUCCUUCGUGGAAUGACUGUAAUCUGAAUGGAUGACUCCCAUGCUGCGUUCCCGCUUCAUCGAUGGAUUCGCCCAUUGGACCCCCCCUGUGGGGCAGCAGCGGCAACACCUACACGACUGACCCCUCCGGUCCAAGCUUCACCAACCAGCUGGGCACCCCCUCACCUGCUGUGCCAAGGGUGGUUUCCAUAGUGACCAGCCUAGUGAGCGCCACCACCCAGGCCACAGUGGGCAACACAGGAAACCUGUCGACUUUCGGAGCUCAAAGGGGGAGCGAGCUCGACCUGUUCCACCAGGCGUCCACCCCGUCGGUGCUGAGCGCCGCCGAGAGUAACUCCGUCCUGCAGGGCGUCGCCGUGGCCACCCAAGCCCUGGUGCUCCUCUUCAUCUUCCUCCUCUCCAGCCUCGGCAACUCCGCUGUCGUCGUCGUCAUCAUCAAGCACCGCCAGCUGCGUACGGUGACCAACGCCUUCAUCAUGUCGCUGUCGCUGUCUGACUUCCUCACGGCCGUGCUGUGUCUGCCCUUCUCCUUCGUCAUGCUCUUCAGCAAGGAUGGCACCUGGAUGUUCGGAGACCGGUUCUGCGUGGCCAACGGCUUUUUUAACAGCUGCUUUGGAAUCAUCUCCACCUUGACUAUGACUUUGAUCUCUUUUGACAGGUACUACGCCAUAGUGAGGCAGCCGCAGGCCAAGAUAGGGCCCCAGAGAGCAACUCAGUUGUUGAUUGCCGUGUGGGUGACUGCAGUCCUCUUCUCUCUGCCUUGGUAUCUGUUGGUCCGAACACCCGCGGAAAUCCAUAAGCGAGGCUUCUACCACUGUAUGUACGCGUUCCACUCUGGGACCUCGCGCAUGGGGACGGCCUACAGCGUCUGCCUUAUCGUGGUGUGUUUUUUACUGCCCUUCUCCCUCAUGUGCUUCUGUCACUACAACAUCUGCAAGACGGUUCGUCUCUCUGAAAUACGAGUUAGGCCAGUGACCACAUACGCGUAUUUGCUGCGAUUCUACAGUGAAAUGCGAACUGCCACCACAGUUCUGAUUAUGAUCGUCUUCAUCAUUUUUUGCUGGGGUCCAUAUUGUCUGAUGGGGCUUGUUACAGCCAUGGGGGAAUACACGUUCAACCCUGCGAUGGACACCGUGGCCAUCUGGCUAGCCUGGGCCAACGGAGCCAUCAACCCUCUGAUCUACGCUCUGAGGAACCCCAAUAUCUCCAUGUUGCUGGGACGGAGCAGAGAGGAGGGCUAUCGGACCAGAAACAUUGCCGCUUACCUCUCCGGCCAGAGCCAGAACCAGGAAAUUCGGCUGAACCGAGCAGAGAGGAUAAGGGACCGCUACGUGAGUCGCGUGGGCGUCAACAAUAACAACCGGCUGUCCAGUUCCAGUCCCAGGAAAGGACCAGGGGGAGGAGAGGUGGCCAUGUGGGCCUGUAAGAACCCUGCUGUGUUCUUCUGCCGGGACGCUCAAGCCGACACGGCUACACUAGCCAACUCCGCCAGUGCCCCAAAGAUGAAGACAGCUGACACCAGCCUGUGACACACUGGGAGAAUGAUUUACCCUCUUACCCUUGGUUUUAAUCUCAUCUGUAUUUGUUUAGGCACUGGAGACUGCUAUCACCUGUUUGUAAAAGAAAUGGGAAAACUUCUAGUAUGUGGGAAGACAAUAGCUGGAUGACACAAGGGGUAUCAUCACGUUCUUACCUUACAUUGUUACCAUACUUCAUUACCUACGUUGUUACCUAUGUUGUCUCGUCAAGUUAUGUUGUUACCCUACAUUGUUUUGAACAUUGUUGCGUACAUCCUUACUGUACACUGUUGCGUACAUUGUCACAUUACGUUGUUUACUUAAGUUGUCAUGUUAUUAAUUGACAACGGUCCCGAUCCUUUUUCUAACCCUUCAGUAACUUGUUUUGCAGCCUAACUCUGAACAAACAUUGCAUGACGUUGACAUGUUGCAUUGUGCCUUUCUGCAGACGUGAACUUUUGCUGAAACCUGUGCUGCCACUAUUUUUUCGGGGCGGCUUGGUAGGAUUUUGCCCUGUGGCCACGUCCACUGAUUGCGCCAACUCUAUUUAGAUUUGGUCCAGAAAAUGUUUUUUUUUCAUGUUAGUGUGACCAGACCAAUAGGGAGGUGCUUGAAUUGAACCAAAACUUACCCUUGGAGGUUUUAGACCAACAACUGUGCCUAUGAUGAGUCAUAUGGUUCAUUUUGAAAGUCACCAGUCAUCAGACUAUAUAUUAUCUCGUGUGAGCUUUUUGCAUUCCCAUUUUGUCUAUCUGUUAGCCUGUUGUUGAAUUAUUCUUAUACUUGUUAGGCAUGACUUGUUUUAUGAUGAUUAUGUGUAAAAGUGUCUUUUAGAUGAGGUCUUUGAAGGGACUUCAAACUGUUGAAACUGUCCGAUCAGCAGGUUUAUUAUGAGUUUAUUCUUAUGGCCUUGUCAUAUAGGAUCAUGUCAAACGUUGACUCACAUUCACAUCUCAUUUGCUUAUAUUAAAAACAUCCUGCUGGUUA